AUCUAAUCGAAGCCUAUUUGUGUGAAUUGGGAUCCGCGAAGAAUCUCAUCAUUCCGUCCAUAUUCCACGAGUUGUACGCCAUUUACAGGUCCGCUGAAGAGCUGCCGUGCGGUCCGUUGACUGUCAUCGGCCGCGACAUAGAGUUGGAACAGAUUUGGAUGACUUUGACGGCCAAUGAGCUGAAGUUCAAUCGAAACGAAGCGCUGUUUUUGACGCAAAUGCUGGUGCCGUUGGAACUGAUGCUCACCAAAGACCUGUUCAACGAGUAUUCGGUGAGACUAUCGAUGCUUAGGGGCACCAAAGAGAAUGACAACGACUUCUUGAACCACGCCAUUGAUAUCCUGUGCGAGAAUGAGAUCGAAGUGAUGUCCGCCAACAAAGUGACGAUCAAAUACUGUGCCAUUAAGUCGAUACUGGAGUCGCAGUCGCGGGAGAGUAUGUCCCAAAUGAUGGCCGAACACAACUUCGACCAACUGAUCAAAAUACUGAUGAGUAAACCGGAGUCGGAGUUGACCGCCGAUGAGAUAGAGCUGUUGAAUGAGGCGAUCGUGAGCUCCGAGUUGUGGCAGAAGGGCGUCGACAUCUUGAGCACCAGAAACGACUUAAACAAAGAGUGUUUGAUAACAAUCCAGAAAUGUCUGGAAACGGGCAAAAGGGCGCGACUUAAGCACCCGUUGGCCGUCAAACUCGUGAAACUGGCGGCUGAGGGAUAUUCGGUGUUGCCGUGGAUUUGUCUCUAUUGGGGACUCAUAGCCGAGGGCUAUGUGGCCACGAAUGCUAAGAGUCAACUCAUAACGUACUUGAAGUUAGGCCACCAAUACCUGGGAAGGCGGGGCACCUGUACGUCACACAACGGCCAGUUCCUGUUGUUGGCGUUGAAUCACUUCAUUGAUGUGGACGUGGAGGACGAGAUCUUCCGGUGCUUCACGUGUUUGUAUAACUUCCCGGUGCGACGGGUGGCCAGUGGGCCGUCGGUCUCCAAUUCAAACAUUCAUAAAUCGCCGCACAUUUCACUGAAAUGGGAUUAUUGUGAACAACUGUACGACUACUUCGCGCCCGAAGAGCUCCCGGAGUACGACAGUCUCGUCCGACAGACGGGUAUUACUCAAGACAUUGAAGGGCUGUUACUCCGGGUCUUAGAGUUAGUGCCGAAACACUUGCAGCCAAAUGAUAAGACGGAUCCUAUUAUGAAGUACAUCGACAGCGGGGACGCCAUUGGCGGAGACGUGACCACAGAGACCACACAUAUAACUGAAACGAUUUACUACUUGUUGGCCGACUAUUACUUCAAGAACAAGGAGUUUAACAAAGCGCGUCAUUUCUAUGUCUUGGAUUUGACGCUAAACCCCAAUCGGUUUGACUCGUGGGCGGCGUCGGCGUUGACGCGAAACUUCGAAGUCGACCAGCAGUUGCUAUCCGGCGAGAACUUCGAGCAAUCGUUUUUCGACUUAACGUUUGCGAGUCAGCGGUGUUUCCAACGGGCGCUGCAGUUGGAGCCGACGGCCACGAAGUUGUGGAUAGAGUUCGGACACUUCGUGUACAACAUUACGAGCACUACAGUACGGCUGCGGAAGACGUCGCUGUUUGCGACGUCGCAGUCGGAGUUGACUACCGGUGCGAUCGAUGACUCAAUACAAAUGGCCAAAGAUUGCUUCGAAAAGGCUCUGAAAACGGACUCCGGCGAUGAGGAGCUAUGGCUUCCGUACUAUAUGUUAGGCAAAGUGUGUGAGAAGAGCAGCAAAACUCUGGGCACGGGAGCUCUGUUGAUGGCCAUCAGGUACUACGAGUGGGCGGAGAUGUGUCUGUUCGUCGACGGCACGUCCUAUCCCAAGAAGAUCCAGUACUAUAACCCGCCGUAUCUGGCGGUGGAGGCGCUGGAAAUACACUACAGAAUACACGUCGCGAUUCUCAAGUACCUGACGCUCCAUAAGAAGGUCUCCUCAAGACUUCUGAAGCGAUUGCGAAUGCAUUUGAUUCGAGCGCUGCGCUCGCCGUUCAGCAAACAGACGGCCCCCUCGUCGGCCACGUCUGUCGCGCCGGUCGAUCACGACUACGCGACCGCAGCCGCCGGUGUGUCCGGCUAUCAGCGCUCGCUGUCCACGGAUUCCGUGUCUGAGUUGAUGAACGAUUUGGUGGAUACGGUGGCGCUCCGGGAGGAACGGGUGGAAAUUGGAAGCCUUCGCGAGCAGCUGGUGAUGAUGUGCUUGCGAGCGAUGCACCGGUGCGUUAACCGAUACCCCGCUCACUACAAGUCGAUCUACCGGUUGGCGAACUACUAUUUCCUCAAAAACAACUACAUUAUGGCUAAACAGCUACUCGUGGGUCAGGUAGUGCUGCGACCGCAAGACCACGGCGCCGGUGGUGACGGCCAAGACUUGACCGAAUCGGUGAAACUGAUUCCCGGGCUGUUCGCCGAACGCAAGAAUAAUAACUUAUUUAACGGCAUUUGGCGCAUACCUAUCGACGACAUCGACAGGCCCGGCAGCUUCAGCGCCCAUAUGUUCCGCUCGACGUGGCUGUUGAUCAGAGUCUGUACGUUCACACAGGACUACCAGAUGUUGUGCACGAUUGCCAUACAGUUGGCCCGCACUCCCGACAAAGACAAGCAGUUCCUGAGGAACUCCGACCGACAGAUUUUGGCCAAGUUUUCCUUCGAGUCGUGUAAUUUGCUGUUGAAAUCGCAUUACGGGUUGAGUCCGAUGAGGGAUAAGGUGCUGAUGGAUGUGCAGCGUAUACACGAGCGGCUGACCAAAGCCGGUGUCUUCGUGAGCGAGGCUAACGCUAUGAUCCGAGAGUUUAUACCCGCUUACCGGCGAUGA